AUGGAUGAUAAUGGGAGGAAGCCUAGUAAGGUGGAGUUUUAUAAGAUGACUCACACCCACCGAGAUGACAGUUUUGUUCGGGAGGAGUCAAGAGAUAUAGUUGACAGGGCAACAACUCUUAUUUCAGAGCGCGUCGGAGAGUCAUCAUCAUCCGACACGACCAGUCAUGUCGAAGCUCAAGUGCUUGCUGAAUUAUUGGGCCCAGAGCAUUAUGGUAGAGUGAGAGGUUAUGGCGUUGGAGUUACCCCCACUCAGUUGUCUGCAGUGGGCAUAUAUACAAGAAAUACUGGAGAAGGCAGUAGCAAUGCAGAAGUUAGUAGACUUCGGACAACAAUUGAAGAUAUGAAGAAUCGCCAUCAAGCAGAGUUGGCAGAGUUGAAGCAGAACCAACAAACUUUGCAGUCUCAGCUUGAGCAUAUUUCAUCUAUGUUACAGCGAUUUCUCCAUCCUCAGAUUCCUGAUACUUCAACAGCUCGUAGAGAUGAUGAUGGCGCUAAAUCCGGUCCCUGAUACCUUUUAGAUUGUUAUUUAAGGAGUUUUAUAUGUAUUUUUUUAUAUUUUUCAAAGAACAUUGUAAUUCUAAACUU